AGAAGUUGGUUUCAUCCAAAUAAGCGCCCAUUUGUCUUUUGUGGUAUUACCGCGUUGUUGCCAGAUGCAGUCGUUACGGAGUCGUCGCUCUCAAGGUCCUGCACGUAAGCCCACGCGACAACCUACGAAUGGCAAGCUUGCCAAAGAUGCUCGUCCUCGUCGCCGAGACACCAGCGGAAGGUCUCGUGUGGACGACAAAAUCAAGAAGCGCAUGUCAACAAGAUAUGCAGAUAUCUCGAGUCCAACAGAAUUGAACAUUCCCCGAGUACCUACGCUACCUAUUGACGCUCCCGGUGUGAGGAGAAUAGAUGGAGAACAAGACGAAUCUGUGCGCGAUCAAGAGGAUUUAUUGUCCAGUCAAAAGGCCGCGGACGCAGCUGCAGAGGAAAAGAAAUUACUAGACGACAAGAGUUUUGAUCCAGAUGCUUAUCUGAAGAAGAAGUUGGCAAAUUCCACUGAAGCAGAGCUUAAGUCUCUGCAAUCCUCAUUACGGAGCUCCAAGGAUGACACUGCCUCUGAACUCCAGCGAAGCGUCUUCAAAAACUACGCCGAGUUCGUGAUGAUAUCGAAAGAAAUCUCUACUCUGGAGAAUGAGAUGCUUGAAUUGAAAGAAUCUCUCUCCGAAUACAAGUCUAUGCCAUCUCUGUUACAUAUCCCCGAUCCGACUUCAUCUUCCUCCAGCAUUUCGACAUAUCGAAGAUCUUCCGUAGCCGACCUUCGUAUCAUGUACUUCAACCAAAUGCAACAACUGCACGCUCAAAUUGAAGGAUCAGCAAAAUUUGCCCCGACCACACCAGGUCGACAUGUUGUUGGAGAAGCCGACGGUGUUCUAUCACUCAAUGCAGCAACAUACAAAGUCAUGGGCAGAGUCAAGUUUGUCGUGCUGGACGAUGCUGUGUUGGUGGCCAAGCGGAGAAGACGGACAGCAGGCGGAGCUGGUGAUACAUCAGGACGUGCGGGGGGACGUUCAGAAGGCAAGUUGGUGGCAGAGAGAUGCUGGUCAUUAAAUGAGAUGGUCGUGUUAGACAGUAAAGAUUCACCAAGUAUGACGAACGUAUUCAAAGUUAGACAUGGCAAAGAAACUCAUGUCUUCCGUACCGAGACUCUCGCAGAGAAGAAGACUUUACUAGGGAUGUUGCGUCAAGUUGGAGACGAAUACAAUGCCAAGAAGCGUAAAGAGCGUGAAGGGGAACAUGAAAGGCGCAAAAGUAUGUGGCCUGGUGCGGAUCAAUCUUCACCAUCUGUUCCCCCGGAUUGGAUGGCCGAGUUUGCGAAACUGUCAGGCAGUUCCACUUUGACUUCUGGCACAGACGCCAGGGAAAAGUCUGAACGAGACGUUCGUUGGACAGGCGAAUGGGCAGACGAUCUAACGGUGUCGAUUGCCCUGCGGCAAUGGAGUAGAGCUGUCGAAUUAGUUGAAGAAGGCAAGAAGAAGUCUUCCACCAUCCCUCCGCUCGCCGCUAAACUCCCAUCAUUAUCUACCCAACUCACAACCGCCAUUCUUGAAAAUCUUUCCCAGACAUCUAACCGUAAAUCCACCGUCGUCGCUCUCAUAUCCUACUUGGUUCGCUUGAAUGCUGGACCGGCUGCACGACAUACGUUCCUCACGAUGCGCUCUAAAGUCAUGAAAAGUCAUGUACGAAAAAUCACAUUUGAGGGUCAUGUUGGGGCAUAUAUUGCAGAUCUGGCCAUGGUAUAUUUCACCGGGAUCAAACAUACAGCCGACUGGUUUCUAGCAAGUUUCAAAGAAAAUGAGGUUGCGAGUGCAUUCAUUGACUGGGCGCGUUCACAAGUCGAAACUUACUCGGAGAUAUUCCGAAAUCAAGUAUAUAGCUCAGGAGUGGAGGGCAAAGUAGUCGAAGAGGCGCUCCAGAUUACUUAUGAUUUGAGUAAGAAGCUUCUCGAAGAGUAUGGCCUCGACUUCCGCUUCUUGUUGGACGAGCAAUUAGCGGAAACCCCGAAGAUACAACCGAAAGCAAUAUCCUCAGAGAUCAGCAUACCUUCGUUUAAGGGGCCCCUACUUGCUAGGUCAUCAAAUGCUACCUCUGCACCGAAGCUCUCCCUAUCGACUUCUUCUGGUUUAACAAAUCGAAAGGUUCCUGCCGCACUGAAUAUUCCUUCUCCGGAUAUUCAGGCAGACGCAAGCUUAGCAUCUACCACACCAUUAAUGGGAACAGGCGCCCCGAUGUCCACUGGUUCUGCUUACCCCGACACAAGCAAGUUCAAGGGACAAAUGCUCGGAAGCGCUCGAAGUCGUACACCGGUUGGAGGUAGCGGCAUCUUAUCAAUUUCCUCUUCAUUAUUACCACCAAAUUCAGCUCCAGCACAUUCUGUUCCCGCUUCUCCUAUUCCCAGGCAAAUGCGUACGCCUCCACCUAGUGCUGGAAGGGAUAGACCCCCUAGGUCAGAAAGAGGGGCCGGAAGUCCAGCACCACCGCCGAGGUCGUCGAAUAGACCUGGAAGUUCGAUUAGUCGAACAACGCUGGUUGCUGUGGCUCAGAGGGAUGGUAUGAUAUGAGACGUGUUGCACAAGUAAGUAGUAUAGCUCGAGGAGAAGUAUUUAAUAUGUAACAUCGUUGGAUGGAUUUCAUACCAUAAGUCUGGCAUCUGAUUUAAUAUGUUCACUUGUGACUGAGGAUAGGACAAUGAUAG